AUGGCGGCUCCAGGGACGUGGCUGGUGCUGGUGGUGGUCGCAGUAUCCGCCGCAAGCGCUGAGGUCGUCAGCUUCGGCCACUGCCCCGAGUACAGGGUGAAUGGCACAGUGCAGCCGAGGCGGUGUUCCGUUCAGACGGCAAUGGUGCACCCGUGCAAGGAGGCGAGCAGCCACCGGCCGUGCAAGGUGCGCCAGACCAAGUCGGCCGGCAUCUCCUUCACGUACACCACAGAGUCGGCCGCGGAGGAGCUGUUGAGCCAGGCGUUCUGGCACAGCCCGCACGGAGACCUGCCCUUCCUCGGGAUGGACACGCACGCCUGCCGUUACACGCACUGCCCCGCCGUGCCUGGAGCCCGGGGGAACUACACGUACAACCUCAACAUCAGCAGGGCCUACCCCACGGGUGUCUACGAUGUUAUGUGGAAGCUAUGGGGCAAAGGAAAACCGAGCGCCAAGUUUGAGUGCUGCUUCAUAGUGCAGAUUAAGAUAACCUCUCCCAAGGCAGGCUGAAGAAACAUCGCAGGAAUGAAGCAGGACCACCUCACAGUCUUCUCUCUUAUCCUUCUGCCGACGUUAACAUUAGUUCUAAUCUAGGUCUUACACAUUUUAGUUUUAAGGAUGAUCAACGUGCGGCGUCCCCUGUAAGAGUAGUUGUCUAAAGUCUGUUUGUGGAAACACAUAUUUCUCAUUAAAGUGAGAAUGAACUUAUAAGUUUCCCCUAAGAAG